AUGCAGAUCAAAAACGCUCGUUCAGCUUUGUUAUCUAAUUAUGAAGUAUUUCGACUUUUGGAAGAAUCCCAAGCUACUCAAAAACGCUUGCAAAAAGCAGAUCCAACCAUAACAUAUCCUGAACAUCUUAGAACAGUACAAUUUGAGUUAACGGAAUAUUUAAAGGAAACACCAUGCAGUACACAAACUACUGAACAAAUUGCCAAUUUUUUGAAUCAAAUGUCACCGUACAAUUUGACUAAAGCCGAAAGAUUAAUGCUUUUAAAUUUACGGCCGAAAGAUCUCGUGGGUGUUUAUCUAGUUAUCGAAGAAUGUGAAGAGAGAUUUAAUGAGGAAGAACUAGAAGCGAUGCUUAACAUAAUUGUGACAACGUUGCCUCGAGACGACGAUGAUGAAAUGGAGGAAGAUGGCGGUGAAGAGGAGGUGGAAGAGGAAGAAUAA